GCGUAUGCACAUACAUACAGCGUGACGAAAAGAGGUACACAAGCAUUUCUGAUAUAUAAGGAAUGCAUAGGGUAACCAAAAAAAAUUAGUCUGUGCUUUCGCUCAGUUUUAUACUUUUGCAAACCACUGCCACAGCCAUACCUUACCACCACCGCUUCCGUUUACCAGAGUCCUCUCCGUCCUCUUUUGAUUUUAUUUUACCUUAAACGCUCCUAAUAGCUCCUAUUUUACGCCUUUCUAAUUGAUCCUUCUGGCCAAAUUGAAUCUAGUCAUCUUGACGAGCGUUACAUGACAACGGCACCGACGACACAGACGACUACAGCCACGGAACAAGCGCCUGUCCAAGACGACGACAACGACAACGACGACCACUCCGUUAGUUUUUCGUCACAUGUGAGAAACACAAUUCACAACGACGACAACGAGAACGAGAACGAACAGCAACAAGAAAAACAACAACAGCAGCGCCUUUCUGCAGCGAGAACAGCAACUGCGCGUGGCAUUCAUAAUGCGUAUCUAUUCCUUACUACACCCAUAUCACCGUCGGUAGUAACUACAGCAACAACAACAACAGCAACAGUAGCAACAGCCACAGCAGUAGCAGCAGGAUCCGACAAAGAACGUUCGUUUAACAAAGCGUAUUCAACAGCACCACCAACACCGAAACUACUCACUCCCACCACUGCUGAUGUAAUCCAGCAACAGCAGCACCACCAGCAUCUAUUUGACCGGGCGGCCAUUGUCGGUGUUACUCUGUUUUAGAUGUCUUUUCGAAAUGUUGACAACGGUUCCUUUUC